AUGAGUGAUGAUCAAUUUUUUCAAGGAACUUGGGCAAAGCUGUCUGAGGUCACUGUUAAGGGUGCUCAAUAUAACUCUCAUGAAUGUCAGCCCCACCCAAAAUGCCUGCAAGGGACCCAGGUGGAUCUCCUCAACUACAUCCAUAGAUUCCUGGAUGAUACAGAGAGGAAUCAGCUCAUUUGGCUGCAUGGCACGGCUGGCAUUGGGAAGUCUGCUGUUGCAUUCACUGUAGCUGAGAGGAUGAGAGGUCUAAAAGUGACAGAAGAGACAAAUGUCAAAAAGCGACUAGUGGGGACAUUCUUUUUCUCGUGCAAGCACACAAAAUGUUGCACAAGUGGAUAUUAUUUGGCAACACUUGUCUACCAGCUUGCCACCAAUUUCCCCAGCAUCCAGAAGGAUGUGAAUAGAGCUAUCUGUGACAAUCCUGCUCUACUAGACCCAGACACGCCUCUCUGA